AUAGCGCGUGCUGAAAGAGAGCAGAUAAAUUGAGGCAGGUGAGUGUGGACGUGAGACACAGAGAAGGAGCAGGCAACAGCCCACCUGCGUUCAGCCUCAUUUGUUCUGGCUCCUGAAAGGGGAACACUACAUUAACAAGAGGACUGCUGACAGCCCUGAGCUGAUAAUGCAUUUCACUCCUUAGGGAGACAAAGUGAUGAGAAGAUAAAAGUGGAAUCACUAGAAGAGGGAUACACAUUGCACCGGAGCUUACAGUGAAUCUCCAAUUGAAAAAAUACAUUCCUGUAAGAUGGAGCCAGUCCCCAUGGUGUGGCACACCCAGGUGGUCCCAGUGUACGGUGACCCAGAAAGGGCGAGUUCGCAACCCGAGUGCUCCAUCUGCUUUAACACCUAUGACAAUGUCUUCAAAACACCCAAACAGCUGGAUUGCACGCACACUUUCUGCCUUGAGUGCAUUUCCCGAAUCAUGGCCACCUCAAUGGACCCCCAAAACUCCCAGAUCUCCUGUCCUUUCUGCCGCCAUCACACCACCAUCCCAAAAAAGGGUCCGCCGGCUCUGACCACCAGCCAGGAGGUGCUGUGCCGUCUCCCCGUCCACCAGCAACACGAGGAGCCGGUAUGGCUGGAUGGAGAGAAGUUGUGCUACCAGCGACCCAUGGAUAAGCCUGGUGUGCAAGCAUUCUGUAUUUGCGUCGAUAUUGGGGCCAAUGGACAAAGUGUUGCCGCCUCUCCUCAGACUCAACGGAGAGUUGGGCUCCUGGAGAGGCUGAUGGACUGGAAGCGGCUGCUGCUUUUUAUUUCCCUUAUGGUAUUACUCAUGGUGAUCAUUUUGUGGCCCUUACAGUGCAUCGUGACGACCGGGACUAUGCGUUGUACUCCCCAGCUCCCACGGCCAUCCACUACCACCGUCUCCACUACCACCACAACGAUCACAAUGGCUACAACGAAUCAGUAAAAUAUACAUAAAGAAAUGCUUUUGGACUUGCAUCAGGAUUUGCAAUGUUUACAUAGCUCUUUGCAAAGCCUGUUGGGUGCUAAGGGAGUUAGGGUGCGGUCGCACUACUUUGCGCUCCAUUCAUUCACUAAGAAUGUGGAUUAAAAAUGACCAAGAUUUGCAUACUUGCUGUAUUAAUCCUACUGCAGAUGUAAAUGGGUUUGUAAAGCCAGACAGUGCAUUAAAUUUAUAUUGCAUUGCAUUACAUUACCUUACAUUUGAGCAUCUGACAAAGCUACAUUAUAAAUUAGAAACAUUGCAAAUGAUGAAAGUCAGAAAGUUAAAAAGAAGAAACUGAACCACGCAUUAGGGGGUGCUGUGAUCCAUGUCACUGCCACAUUUGGAUUGGUUUAGUACUCACAAGGUACCCAAGUUUGAAUGUGAUCCACUGCGCUGUCGUUCAUCCAAUUAAUCUGCCAUGCACUUAGAGGACUUUGCUGAAAAAGCCGACAAAGAAGUAUUUCUGAAUGAGGCCGGGAUUAAGCUGAUUCGGUAUUUGAUGAACAUGCAAUACGUGCCGAGAGCAUUCGAAGAGGUGGCUUUAGCGGCUUCUGCAUCAAAGCAAUUUGUAAAGACGUUACUUAAAAACUUUUUUUGACAAGCAAAACGAUUUCUACUUUUGUAUAUUUGUGUACAUUACAUUUGACCGUAUUUUAUGAAAUGUAUUCUUUUUUAUAAACAAUAAAAGACUGUUGCUUCUAAAAGCAUGUGGAUGUUGUUUAGGGAAAACUGCUUUU